AUGUUCAAGAAACCAUUUGCCGACUUGAAGACCAUCGCACCACUCAGGACAUCUGAUCGCCGGAAGCUGAAGCAGCGAGUUCUAGAAACCUUCAAGAUUCUGCAACCGGAAGAGGGCGACGUGCUCGUCCCGGAGGGAUUGCACUGGCAGAAAUUCACGACCUAUGCGGAUGAGCCGGGUAUAGUAUAUCUCUCAAUAGAAGGGGACCCCCUCUGGUUCACAAUCGGGAAGGAUUCAGACGAGCUGAUUCCGACCGUGUAUACUCUGUGGAAGCGUCCCAACAUGCUCCCACUCGUCUCUACUCCUGCCGCUGUGAUACCGAAGUUGGUUAACGGGGCAGAUCUCAUGAUACCCGGAGUCGUCCAAUACUCGACAGAUCUUACGGAAGGACAGCUUGUGUCGAUCACUCAAUACCACGGCGGGAAGAUCGGGUAUCCUCUAGCAGUCGGUCAAAUGGCAGUGCCUGGAAACACAAUAGCGCAAGCUGAACAGGCCGACGUAAAGGGGAAAGCUGUGUACGUCUUGCAUGCCUGGAAAGAUGCGUUAUGGGAGAUGGGGCAUAGGAGCAGAGCAGAGGUGCCGGACCCCCUACCCGAAAACCCUAGCAUGUCUGUUGAGAGUUCAGACACUACAACUGUUGCGAACAAUGGUGUCUCUCAAGAGACAGACACCAUUGUUGAGCAAGCUGUACCGACAGACUCGACUGCAGCCGCAUUGAUAUCCGCAGAAACGGAUCUUCCGGCUCUUACCGCGGAGGAUGUAACAAACUGCCUACGGUCCGCAGUUCUGCAGGCAAUUGCUUCGACGCUAGCCUCGCUACCGCCUUCUGCAUUUCCCAUGCCAGCAUCGACGUUUUGGAGCUCGUACAUACUUCCAGCGCGGCCAUAUCAUGCCCCAGGCACGAGGGGCAGCACAGACGCGAGUGCAGUUGACGUGAAGCGGUCGACGUACAAAUCUGUGAAAGCUUUCCUGAAAGCAAUGGCAAAGGAAGGCUUGAUCAAACUCAAGGAUUCCAAGGGCGGUGAUGUGCUGGUGACCGCUGUCUUCCCUAAGCAUCCGGCGGUGGCAGGACAUCAGCUGCACCGAAGUGUCAAAGACGUUGAGACCAAGCAGCAACGGGCCGAAGACCGGGAGCGCAAGGAGAAGGAAGCCGAGGAGAAGCGCAAGGGCGAGAUACAAGUCACAGAACUAUGGAAACCCUUUGAAAAAACACUGAACUGGUUCGUCGCUGCGGAUAAGGAGACGUCGGAACUCUACACGAUGAGCGAUAUCAAAACUACUCUGAACGAGUAUGUAUCAGCGAAGAAUCUCAUCAAUGCGCAAGAGCAGCAAUAUCUCAACGUCAGUGAAGACUCCGCGCUGCUAGAUGCGGUCACCGACAAGAACGAGACUGAUGUGGAGUUCUUGAAGCGCGAAGAGGUUCUGACCCGAAUCAGAAACCACAUGCAGAGCUGGUAUGAAAUCCGGGUCGAAGGGAAGGAUGUGGUUCGGAAGAAGGGGCAGCUGAAGGCGAUACAAGUGGUGGUCAAGGUCCGCCAGGGCCGGAAGGCCUGCACGUUUGUGACGGGGUUUGAGCCAUUUAAGUUGAACGCAGACGACUUGGCUGACGAUCUCCGCAAGCUGUGCGCGAGCUCUACUUCAGUCGCACCUGUGCCAGGGAAAGGGUCGGAUAUGGAAGUUAUGAUACAAGGCAAACAAAUCAAGACGGUGACAGAUCUUCUCAUCGGAAAAGGCGUUCCAACAAAGUGGAUUGAGAGCUCGGAAUUGAAAGCGAAGAAGAAAUGA